GCGACGAGAAAACAAGCGGUGGCGGCGGAGACGAGACACGGCUCACCUCUACAUCACAAGACCUUAUUUUGGAGCGGAAAUUUCACGCCCCGUCGGGUCGUGUUACCGUUUGAGACGGCUGGGGAUAUUCACGGGCAGAAACAAUAGGAUGCAGUGUAGACUUGGCUGGUGACUGGUUUGCAGGCUAUCCACUUCUCUUGUCCCUGGAGUCAGCCAGUUGGGGGGCAGAUUCCUGCGUUCCCCUCUUUCCAGUCUGAGACUUUGUGUAGAUAAAACCAACUGCCCGUCAUUGGAGUACACAGCUCGUCCUUGUCCGUGUUGCCUGGAUCAGCACAGCUCAUCUCCUGACUGAGGAGAGCGCAGUAGCUGCACAAGAUUCACCUUCUACCAUCUGAUCCCUCCCGGCCCCGCCCACACGUCACCAUGGUGCUGUCACAACGGCAACGAGAUGAACUAAAUCGAGCGAUAGCCGAUUAUCUACGUUCCAAUGGAUAUGAAGAGGCAUAUUCCACUUUCAAGAAGGAGGCGGAAUUAGAUAAUAAUGAAGAAUUGGAUAAGAAGUAUGCCGGCCUUUUGGAAAAAAAAUGGACCUCAGUCAUCAGAUUACAAAAGAAGGUGAUGGAACUUGAAUCCAAACUGAAUGAAGCUAAAGAGGAGAUCACCUUGGGAGGGCCUGUCAGCCAGAAGCGAGACCCCAAAGAGUGGAUCCCACGCCCACCAGAAAGGUAUGCGCUGAGUGGCCACCGCAGUCCAGUCACCCGUGUCAUCUUCCACCCAGUCUUCAGUGUCAUGGUGUCGGCUUCUGAGGACGCCACAAUAAAGGUGUGGGACUAUGAAACGGGAGACUUUGAGCGCACACUGAAAGGCCACACAGAUUCCGUGCAGGACAUCUCUUUUGACUUGACCGGCAAACUGCUAGCAUCCUGCUCUGCAGACAUGACUAUCAAGCUGUGGGACUUCCAAGGCUUUGAGUGCAUCAGGACCAUGCAUGGACAUGACCACAAUGUUUCGUCUGUAGCCAUCAUGCCUAAUGGAGAUCACAUCGUUUCUGCCUCAAGGGACAAAACCAUAAAAAUGUGGGAGGUGGCAACUGGCUACUGUGUGAAGACCUUCACAGGCCACAGGGAGUGGGUUCGUAUGGUGCGGCCCAACCAGGACGGCACACUGAUUGCCAGUUGUUCCAACGACCAAACGGUGCGCGUGUGGGUCGUGGCCACCAAAGAGUGCAAGGCUGAACUGCGGGAGCAUGAACAUGUGGUAGAGUGCAUCACCUGGGCACCAGAGAGCGCCUACCCCACUAUCCUAGAUGCCACAGGGUCCGAGACCAAGAAGAGUGGUAAGCCAGGCCCCUUCCUGCUGUCUGGCUCCAGAGACAAAACCAUCAAGAUGUGGGAUGUCAGCAUUGGAAUGUGCCUUAUGACACUGGUUGGCCACGACAACUGGGUGCGUGGAAUCCUCUUCCACCCUGGAGGCAAGUUCAUUGUGACCUGUGCAGAUGACAAGACCUUAAGGAUCUGGGACUACAAGAACAAGCGCUGCAUGAAAACCCUGUGUGCCCACGAACACUUUGUUACCUCUCUGGAUUUCCACAAGGCCGCUCCCUACGUUGUCACUGGGAGUGUAGAUCAAACAGUAAAAGUGUGGGAGUGCCGCUGAUCUGGACCUUGGAGGAUUGGACCACAACCCCAAUUACCCAGGCGCUCCUCUGGAUCCACCUCCCCUCCUGCCAUCCCACCUCCCCUUUAAUCCCCCCUCCCCCUUAACAUAAAACCUUACCCGCACAUUUUCAUCUCCUCCGGCUGCACUUACCACCAUGGUUAUUUACCCAUCGCGCUCUCUGGUCCAAUAACUUUUGUCCUUCUAUGUAAAUUAUUCCUGGAUGUAGAUCGAGCUAUUAAAUGUUACACAAAAAAGUAUUCUUGCAUGGUAAUCCAAAAUUGUAUACUGUAAAUUUACAUAACGUUGUCUAGAAGUACCAUAGGUUUAACACGGGGCUGGCCGUCUGUCACGCAGCCUUACCGACCAACCGAAGGCAGAUGUUUUUGACUGGGUGUAAAAUGUAGGGCACUAAAAACCAAUAAUUUAAGAAAUGACAGUGUCUUUAUGUGUAAGAUUUAUUUUUGUCUAUUUUUUUAUUUAGGAUUUUUUUUCUGUUAUUUCUCUCCUUCACUGUCGUAGUCUGUUGGUGCCUAGCUUGGUGAAACUUUUGAGAGAUAAGGCAGGAAAAGCAUAUAUGACGUGAUAAGAUACGAUUGUCUGUGGGGCUUUGUUAUUGAAAUAAUCUGUAGCUUUAUAACGUCACUUCUCAAGUGUGCAUACCAUUUCUCUUCAUGUGGAACUAGGUAAUAUUUUAAUGGCUGUAUAUACGAAUGUUUCAAACUGUUGUCCUUGGACCUUGGGGGCUUAAAAACAGCUUUGUACUCUUGUCAUGGUGGCACAUGAACCACUGAUAGGCUUUAGAUAAAUUAUCGCAUUUAAUGAAUCUGCAGCAAAUAAUAAAAAGUUGUAAUGUUUAAAAGUGGCUUUGUGAAUAACCAAGCCAAGUUUUUCACAAGAAGCCCAAUCGAGCGAGUGAGUUUGUUCGGCUUACACUGUCAGUGAGUGCCGUGGGUCACAGCAUCACCUGAACAGAGUUCAAGGAUUACACCUGUUAAAUCUCUAGCACUUGAUAAAGACCUUGGGUGUGUCUCCCUUUACGACAAUUUUCUGUGACCUGGCAUGUCAUACUUUUACAGACUAAACCCUCUGUCCACUUCUAGUCCCCCUGACCAGUCAGUCCCGGCAGAGAGUGGUGUACCUAGGAACUAUGUAGUCAGAGGGUGCUCAGUUGACCCAUGGAGCCUCUGAAAGCUACAAACAGAAGCCAGUAGUCUGAAAUAAACCUGCAAAACAGAAAACAUAAAGGCAUGACAAGGAGUCAAAGUCGGCCCCCUGGGUUUGAUAUCUGGGAUGUGCAAAGAUCUCUAAUUUCUGAGGGGUGAAAUAUAUGUUCGGCAUAAUAAAAAUGGUUUUGAGUAUAUAAAAAAAAAAAAAAAAAAAAAAAAUCAGUUUUCUGUGAAAAUAUGAAAUGUAAAUUCAGCUUGUUAUUGCUUGAUUUGGCAAUUUUGUAUUAUCGCACUAAAGGAUGAACUGGACAGGAAUUUAGGAUUAGUGAGGAAACGCUAGCAGCAGACAUGUUAAAUGUUUUGUCUGCAGAGGGGUCUGAUGCUGAGUUUGGGUUUUGUUGUGAAGAACUCGCUGUAAAAGAGGUGGUGCAGCUCCUGGAUCAGAUAAUGGAGGACAAUGCUAAAGCCUGAGCAGCGACAAUAUCUGCAGACAAACCCCACAGACCCAUCUCACACAUAUGCAAACGUCAUCUGAGUGGCUUUCCUCAACUGUUCAGCUUUUGAUCUUUGUGGAGCUGUAACUGUAAAACAGGGCGAUUUUUGGGAAAGACUGGAAGAAAACUGUAAACCAGUCCAUGCUGUAGAAACAACCAUUCCACUCCCCUUGGAGGACAAAAAUGGACCAUCUUGCUUCUAACUGUAGCUGGCAAGGUGAUUCAUUAAUUUUGCACAUCCCUGUUUUCACUAAAUCUUUGGUCCUUUAAUGAUGAUCAAAGACGACAUUAAAAUUUAAUGAUGUUGAUAAAUGCAUAAACCUAUAAUUUCUGAUUAGCCUUUUCAUUCCAAUGCAGUUCUUGGCUAAUAAAGAAUUCCACUGCUUAACUGAUGAUCUUAUCUUAGCUUCUUUGCCAAGUUUUCCUCUUCCUGUGUGUACUGGAUGUGGUGAUCUGCUGCUCAAGCUCUUGCUAGUGGCUACUGUGAGCCUAAUGUGACCUGUUGACGUAGCACUGCUGCAUGUAAACCUGCACCAGAGGCAGAGCUGUCAGAACAGUCAUCUUUUACAAGCUUAAAUACUGGAGCCCUCUCAUCAGAGACCAAUUGGAUUGAAUAAUGAGGAGAGAAACUGUGUAUUUAAAGUAGUUUGACAUUUUGGGAAAUAUGCUUAUUUGCUCUUUUUGCAGAGAACUGGAUGAGAAUCAAAUACCACACAUUUGUACUGUAAAUAUGAAGCUACAGCUAAAACCACAAUUAAACUUGUCUUGGGGUGGGGGUUAUGUGCUGGACUAUUUCUUGAGUGAAACCAAUAACUGGCUGGGGUCUCCAUUGGUUGCUUAGUAACAAAAGUGCAAUUACAAUAUUUCUGAAGACACUCUGUUUUUUUGUGUAAUGUCAUAGUUCAGCAGAAAACAUUCUAAAGUGUUGGUAGUAAACAUGGCUGAUUAAAUAAAAUCUGUAUUUGUGAAUUAAGAUUUUCAAAGUAAGCUAACAAUUGCAAAUUAUCGUCUGAGUUUUUCAAUUCAAAUAUACUAUGCUAGACAUUAUACACAACAGACAGCUUCUCAUUGUGCUUGAAAUGUUGAAAAUGCAGGAAAUUAUUUUUUUUUUUACAUAAGUACAGUUGAUAAACCAGAAGUUCUUCACACAGACCGCUUUCAUUGGGGAAACUGCAUUCACAUGUCGGCAAAAUGGGCAGAACGUGAAAAGCAGACGUUUUUCCGACUUGGCAGCGUUAGUUUAUAACUCCAAGGUAUGAGUAUUUAAUCCCAGUGCUAACCUUGUAGACCCACAACCCUAACUGCCUAACUCUAGAUGUUAUGUUGUAUCACUUUUUCUUUUUUUUUUAGCAAUUUGUUAUCAAGUCAAAACCUAUAAAAUUAGAUGACGGGAUAGUAUUGACCAGUGGUGGUGCAUUUGCAACCAUUCUGACAAGUUUGUUGACAUGUCUAGUUCUUUUCUUCAAGUGGGAGAUAUUGUUAUAAGGUUGUUGUUUUUUCACCAUCUAAACAAUAUGACGUGAACGCGGUAUGUGUUUCGGUACUUUGUUGGAGUCCCUCUCUUUUGCCUGGCAACUGCCCUCACCUGUUAGAGCCGGCUGGUUGUUUCCCUCUGCUUACAGUGUUUAGCAAACAUGAGAGUGGUAUCCCUUUACUCAUGUAACUCUCUGCAAGAAAAUGGAUGGUCUUAUUUCUCAAAAUGUCAAACGGUCCCUCUUACAUCACUGUGUCCAUGGUUAAGUUCAGGCAGCUCUGUUAACUGGUUGUAGAAAGGCUGGUUUUGUUGUGUGUGAUGCUAUUUGAAGGAGGUUUACUGCCUCCGUCUUCUGUAAAUGCAAUGGGAUUGUGGCAGACUAGGAUGUUCCAAAGGAGAAACCCUCUCUUUCAGGAAAUAUUACUGAUGUUUCUCUUUGGUGUGUGCCCCCCUCCCCCUCCUUACAAAGGUUUUAUUUUUUUUUCUACAAGCUGUUUUCUCUUGGGUGAAGAAUCAGCAAAUUUUGUAGUACUAUUUGGCAUGGCUAAUGAAGAUGCCAAUGUGUUAAAUGUUCUAGCUGAAGCCAAAAAUUGAGACAUUUGUCAGUACAAUCUGGUUUAUCUUGACAAAACAGCCUCCUUUUGUUGGUCAAACACUGUGUGACCAACUUUUGAAAAACAAUGCUCGUCUCCUCAGGAUCACGCUAUGACAUGCCGGACCAUAAAAUGUAAAUUAAAAACUUCUUCCCUUCCUUGGUUUUACUCGUGGAAGGUGGUUAAUCAAAGGUCAGGACGAUGUGUGUUCUGUUUCUUUUGUAAGAAAAGGUACAUAAAAGCUACAACACAGCUGGUGUUGUAUGCAGGUAUGCGCCCUGUUGAAGAAAAUCCCCUUUUGCCAUUCGCAGGUCCCAAGCAAUCCCUGUGCUUCUCUGGUCUGGUGUGUGAAGGGACUGGCAGACAGGUUUUGACUGUCUGAAGGUCAUUUCCUCCAGCCUCAAGUCCACCUGUUCUCUGUAACCUGCCUGUGAACCACAUCUGAGGGCUUCAGACUGCACAACAAGCUCCAACAGGAGAGCUCAUGAUGUUUUCGCCACUAUGGUCUCACUCUUCACUCAGCAAACUGUUAACAAUAUACCUGGAUGUCAUUAUUGUUUGCAAUAUAAUAAAAGAAGUAAAAUCUG